AUGUCUUCUUUGGCUUGGAGAAAGUUGGCUGCGGCGCCCACGCUUGCGCGUGCCGCCAGCAGAGUCCAGAACAGAGCCUUUUCCUCGACAAGGCCGGCCGCCCGCGUCAUCGCUCCCGGUGGUCCUCUCCGCGCUAAGGAGGCUUCUCCCCAUCUCAGCAACAAGUACCAUGUCAUCGACCACGAGUUCGAUGCCAUCGUUGUCGGUGCCGGCGGUGCCGGUCUCCGUGCCGCUUUCGGUCUCGCCGAGGCUGGCUUCAACACUGCCUGCAUUUCCAAGCUCUUCCCCACCAGAUCUCACACCGUCGCUGCCCAGGGUGGUAUCAACGCUGCGCUCGGCAACAUGCACGAGGAUGACUGGAGAUGGCACAUGUACGACACCGUCAAGGGCUCCGACUGGCUCGGUGACCAGGAUGCUAUUCAUUACAUGACCCGUGAGGCUCCCGCCUCCAUUGUCGAGCUCGAGAACUACGGCUGCCCCUUCUCCCGUACCGAGGACGGCAAGAUCUACCAGCGUGCUUUCGGUGGUCAGUCCAAGGAGUUCGGCAAGGGCGGCCAGGCUUACCGCUGCUGCGCUGCUGCCGACCGUACCGGCCACGCUCUUCUCCACACCCUCUACGGCCAGUCUCUCCGCCACAACACCAACUACUUCAUCGAGUACUUCGCCAUCGACCUGAUCAUGCAGGAUGGUGAGUGCCGUGGUGUCCUCGCCUACAACCAGGAGGACGGCACCCUCCACCGUUUCCUCGCCAACAACACCGUUCUCGCCACCGGUGGAUACGGACGCGCCUACUUCUCCUGCACUUCCGCCCACACCUGCACUGGUGACGGUUCCGCCAUGGUUGCCCGUGCCGGUCUCCCCAACCAGGAUCUCGAGUUCGUCCAGUUCCACCCUACUGGUAUCUACGGCGCCGGCUGCUUGAUCACCGAGGGUGCUCGUGGUGAGGGUGGUUACCUCCUCAACUCCGAGGGUGAGCGUUUCAUGGAGCGUUAUGCUCCUACCGCCAAGGAUCUCGCUUCCCGUGACGUCGUCUCCCGCUCCAUGACCAUGGAGAUCCGCGAGGGUCGUGGUGUCGGCCCCGAGAAGGACCACAUCUACCUCCAGCUCAGCCAUCUCCCCGCUGAGAUUCUCGCCGAGCGACUCCCCGGUAUCUCCGAGACCGCCGGUAUCUUCGCUGGUGUCGAUGUCCGCAAGCAGCCCAUUCCCGUCCUCCCCACCGUCCACUACAACAUGGGUGGUAUCCCCACUCGCUACACUGGUGAGGUUCUUACCGUCGACGAGAAGGGCAACGACAAGGUUGUCCCUGGUCUCUUCGCUUGCGGUGAGGCUGCUUCCGUCUCUGUCCACGGUGCUAACCGCCUUGGCGCCAACUCUCUUCUCGACUUGGUCGUCUUCGGCCGUGCCGUCUCCCACACCAUCCGUGACAACUUCACUCCUAGCGCCAAGCUGAAGCCCGUUGCCGCCGAUGCCGGUGCCGACUCCAUCGAGGUCCUCGACAAGAUCCGCACUUCCGACGGUCCCAAGAGCACCGCCGAGAUCCGCCUCGCCAUGCAGAAGACCAUGCAGCGCGACGUCUCCGUCUUCCGUACCCAGGAGUCCCUUGACGAGGGUGUUGAGAAGAUCACCCAGGUCGACCAGAUGUUCGACCAGGUCGGUAUCAAGGACCGCUCCAUGAUCUGGAACUCUGAUCUCGUCGAGACCCUUGAGCUCCGCAACUUGCUCACUUGCGCUACCCAGACCGCCGUCUCCGCCGCCAACCGCAAGGAGUCUCGUGGUGCCCACGCCCGUGAGGAUUACCCCGAGCGUGACGACGCCAACUGGAUGAAGCACACUCUGUCUUGGCAGAAGCAGCCCCACGGCAAGAUCGAGCUCGGUUACCGCCGUGUCAUUGACAAGACCCUCGACGAGAAGGAGUGCGCUCCUGUCCCUCCCUUCAAGCGUGUCUACUAA